AUGGAGCCACCUUCUCUUGCUGGAGCCUGGCUGGCAGCAGCCUGCCCUGACCUGAGACACCAGCCAUUGUUAAGGCCACCGUUUGUAAUGGAGAAAUGGAUUGUGGGGAUAGAAGAACACCAGUCUGUAGAAUGUGUUGUUACAUAUGAGAGUGAUGUUAGAGCUCCCAAAAGCACCAGGCACAUCCAAGCUAUCUGCUGGAGCAAGGUGAAAGCACAGGACGAGGUUGAGACAGUACAGCUCAUGAUACAGACCUCGGUCCCCAACUCGGAGGGGAAUUCGCGGAGCAGAUCUGACUCAGGCAUUGACAGUCAGUGGAUGCAGACACUGCGCAUGCAUCAGAUAGCAAAAGCCGUUUCUCACCAGCACAGCCACCCCCACAGCCCGACCACAGUCACCCACUACCUGCCCUACCUUCACAGCCAAGACUCCUAUGCUGCAGCCGUCAGAAGGACACCCGCUCCUGUCAGUCACCAGUUCACAUCCAUCAGCCACUCCAGGAACUCUUCUCCUAUCUCGCACAGUUUGAUGAGAAACCUCUCGAAUCUGCAUCUGAACUCAAAAGGCAGCAGUGCCUCCAGCACAGCCUCAGACACCGCUUCAGAGAGGGACAGGUCUGCUGGCAAAGGCAGAAACACCCCACACAGCGGUAACUCCCGCAGCUCCUCGGGCGGGCGGCGCAGUGGGACCAGCUCCCCAGUGCCCCCCCGACACUUGGGAAGACCCAGCAGGACUUCUUUGCCAGUGGCCCCUCCGGCCUCCCAGCACCGCAGGGUUUAAAAGGCUCUGAAUUAUAAGAAGCCAGCUCUGAGACGGCUGCUGGAAUGGAUGAUGAAAAACAGCAGAGAGCUCAUGAAGGCAAAUUCAGAACUGGACAUCCAAAGUGAGAUGUCUUAAAAAAAAAAGAAAAACAGGAGGACGAUGGAGAGCAGACAUUUACCACUAAGGUCAGCAAUCAUUCUUCUUUAGCUCAGCAAGGUGUCCCCGAGCUGGGUCUGAUCCUGGUGGAUGUUGUCUUCCUAAGUACACAAGUUUCCCCAGCAGCACUGGUGUACCUGCCACUACCAUCAGAAGGACUGGCUGUAAGAGACUUGCAAAGAAAAGUACUGACCCAAAUUGAGGCCAGGAUGAAAAAUUACUAUGAUUAAAGCCAACUGUCUUGCAACCCUAUAAACAGCAGUCCUAAGUGAGACUCUUUGAGCCCUCCUGGACCACAGUGGGCUGCGACCAGCAUGUCCCUCUGAGUGAGAUGCCUCUCAGAGCCAGAGUACGCUCAAGUUUGCUGUACUUGGAGGACCACCACCGAACACCAACAAUGGAGCCUGGGCUGACACCCCCACUCCUCAAGGCUCAACCUAUUGAGAAGAUGCACAGGCAUCUGAAAUGAGUACUUCACUAAAUUCGAGGGGAAUUUUUCAAGUGUAUGUACAAACCUUGUACAUACAUUUAGGUCUGUGUGUGUGUGUGUGAAUAUGCUAUAGCAAAUGUAUGAAUGUUGCUCUCCUAGAUUCUUAAGUAUUUUAGAUUCAUAAGGAAGUUAGGCCUAUAAUUGAGUUGCUGUUGUGCUAUAGAAAAUUCUGUAAGAAUCUUUUGUCAAAUUGUGUACAUUAAGCUAUCAAUUAAGUGCUGUUAAGUUUAAGUGCUUUUAAAAACUUUUAGGCCUAAACCAUUGUUCAAGUCUGGGGCUAAGUUUGUCAAGGAGGUCAAACUACUCUGAACCUUGUGACUCAACGGGAACGUCUCCCUUAUUCCUUUUUAUCCUUAGCCUUUCUCAUCCUUAGCCUUUUUCCAUGUAGAUAAUUUUUGGUUGAUUUUAGUUUUAGAUUGAUUGAUGUUAGAUUUCAGUACAAUUUUUCUCUGUGUCCUUUAACCAUCAAGUAAGUAGAAGAUUGCCAAUGAACUUUGUUAUGCUUUCACUUUUGUAUUAAACCUGCUUUUGCCGAUACCUUUGCCGGUGAUUCUCUGAGUAUCCUAAAACACUCAUUCACGACAGCAGGUAAAAAUGUACUGCUCCAA